GCUCUGGAAGGGGCGGGGUGGUUUGGGCCCGUAGCUAAAUUACGGGCCCGGGAAUUCCAACAGUUUGCACCUUAGCAUUGGAAUGCAUGAUUACGAAAGGGAAAGGUGACGUUUAUGUGGAGUUGGGCUACUGGAGAGUGAGGUGAAUGUGCCGCUUUGAAACCAAAGGACAGUAAGCGCUUCCUCUCUCCCCACUCGAGACCCUCCCGCGGGCCCGGCGGCCGCCUCUGGACUGUCCGGAGAGAACAUGGCGGCCCCCGGAGCCCGGGGCUGUAGCCUCGCGGGCCUGCUCCCGGCGCAGACUUCGCUGGAGUACGCCCUGCUCGACGCCGUCACCCAGGAGGAGAAGGACAGCCUGGUCUACCAGUAUCUGCAGAAGGUGGACGGCUGGGAGCAGGACUUGUCAGUGCCCGAGUUUCCGGAAGGAUUAGAAUGGCUGAACACAGAAGAGCCUAUUUCUGUCUACAAGGAUCUGUGUGGAAAAGUAGUCAUCCUCGAUUUCUUCACCUACUGCUGCAUAAACUGUAUUCACCUAUUGCCUGAUCUUCAUGCAUUAGAACACACAUACUCUGAUAAAGAUGGUCUUCUGAUUGUUGGUGUUCACUCGGCUAAGUUUCCAAAUGAAAAAGUCCUGGAUAACAUUAAGAGCGCUGUUCUUCGAUACAACAUCACCCACCCUGUGGUUAAUGAUGCAGAUGCCAGUCUUUGGCAAGAACUAGAAGUUUCCUGCUGGCCAACUCUGGUCAUACUUGGACCCCGUGGAAAUAUGUUAUUUUCUUUGAUUGGAGAGGGACACAAAGAUAAAUUAUUUUUAUAUACUUCCAUAGCUUUAAAGUAUUAUAAAGACAGGGGACAGAUCCGAGAUAAUAAAAUUGAAGUAAAACUCUAUAAAGAUUCUUUGCCACUUUCACCAUUGCUGUUUCCUGGCAAAGUAACAGUAGACCAUGUUUCUAAUAGAUUGGUAAUAGCAGACACUGGACAUCAUAGAAUUUUGGUCGUCUGGAAGAAUGGACAAAUUCAGUACAGCAUUGGAGGACCCAACCCUGGAAGAAAAGAUGGAGUAUUUUCAGAGUCAACUUUCAAUUCACCACAGGGUGUAGCCAUAAGGAAUAAUAUCAUAUACGUGGCAGAUACUGAAAACCACCUUGUGAGAAAGAUUGAUCUAGAAGCUGAGAUGGUGAGCACUGUAGCUGGCAUUGGAAUUCAAGGUACAGAUAAAGAAGGUGGAGCUCAAGGAGAAGAACAACCCAUUAGUUCCCCUUGGGAUGUAGUUUUUGGAACGUCAGGUUCAGAGAUCCAAAGAGAUGACAUUCUGUGGAUAGCCAUGGCGGGGACUCAUCAGAUAUGGGCACUGCUGCUGGACAGUGGCAGACUACCAAAGAAAAAUGAGCUGAAAAAAGGAACCUGCCUUCGGUUUGCUGGAAGCGGAAAUGAAGAGAACCGGAAUAACGCGUAUCCUCACAAGGCGGGCUUUGCCCAGCCUUCAGGUCUUUCUCUGGCCCCCGACGAGCCCUGGAGCUGCCUGUUUGUGGCAGACAGUGAGAGCAGCACCGUGAGAACUGUCUCGCUGAAAGACGGAGCAGUGAAGCACCUUGUGGGAGGAGAAAGAGAUCCCAUGAAUUUAUUUGCUUUUGGUGAUGUUGAUGGAGUAGGAAUCAAUGCCAAGCUUCAGCACCCACUUGGAGUAACUUGGGACAAAAAAAGGAAUUUACUUUACGUGGCAGACUCUUAUAAUCACAAGAUUAAAGUUGUGGAUCCAAAAACAAAAAACUGCUCAACAUUAGCAGGAACUGGAGACGCAAGUAAUGUUAUCACUUCCAGCUUUACCGAGUCAACUUUUAAUGAACCAGGAGGCUUGUGUAUUGGAGAGGAUGGCCAGUUAUUAUAUGUAGCAGACACCAAUAAUCAUCAAAUUAAAGUGAUGGAUUUAGAAACAAAAACGAUUUCUGUGCUCCCAGUCUUCAUACCUGACAGCGCUGUGGUAGACGGCCCAUUCCUAGUGGAGAAACCGAAGACAUUACCCAAACUACCUAAAUCGGCUCCAAACAUUAGACUUUCUCCAGUGGCUGCAUCUCCAGGCCAGACUCUCCAGUUCAAGCUAAGAUUAGACCUCCCAUCAGGAACCAAGCUGACCGAAGGAGUAUCCAGUUGUUGGUUUCUAACAGCUGAAGGAUAACCUAAAGAACAGUGUGACACAGUAGGGACUUACUGAUCUGCCUAUAUGUGUUCCGCGACCAGCAAGCCUUGGCCCUUCUCCAUCAGACCUGCAGGUUCCUCUGGCUGCUUCUGGCCUCCCAGCUGCCUGUCCGACCGCAGAGGGCCCAGGUACAGUGGACCAGGAGGCAGCCUAGGCAGCUUCUCUGAUUGCAACCCUUCCAUUUUUUUGCUGAUUUGGUUUAAUAAUUUUCAAACGUUAGAACUGAAAAGUGAGAACUCUAGAUCCCUGCUGCGGAAUGUUUGCCUAGAGUUCUCCACUGUCCAGCGUGUCCCUCUUUGAGACACGUCACUCUCAAGUACACCAAAGGGUGUUCAGUUGUGUUGAGAGCCCCCAACCAAAAGGAAAGAAUCACAGGUAUUUCCAAAUAGGCCUCCCUGCCUGUACCAGCAACCGUAUCCUAAAAAACACUGAAAAGCGUAUAGUCAGGCCCUUCUGUGACUGUCAGGGCAGGGUAUGAAUUCCUUCCUCUCUCAGUAGCAACUGACAGCUGGUGUUGCUCAGCAACAGAGUGAAGCAAAAGCUGUUAAUGUUGGAAACUUGAGACUAUGAAUGACAUGGACAACUUACUGCCUUUGGUUUUGAUAGACUUGGUUACAUCCUUAGAUUUCAAAUCCAGUGAAAUGAGACCUCAUAAUGCUGAGAAGUAGAAAAAAAACAUUGGCCUUCAGAUUUAAAUAUGCCCGGUUUAAACAGCCAAUUUUUAUGAUUCUUUACUGUGCUAUGCUCGUGAGAAAUAUAUACUAAGAUAUACAGGGCAAAACAUUAGUUGAUAAAUUAUGGUAAUGAAGGGUAAAAAUAGACAUGUUCCUUUCUGAAAAUGUAGAAGGACUCUGCCAUGUGACAAUCUUCUAUUGUUAGCAUUGGUGGUCCUUACUCUCCAUCCCACCGGCAUUACAAUCCUGCGUGAACGUGUACUGUUGAUUACACUGCUCAAAACGAACACUUGUUUGCUUGUAUAGAGUUGAAAUGUAUUGUUCAUGCACACUGUGACAUUCAUCAUCCAAAUUUACCUGUAAAACAUACACUACCACUUUCUCUCCACACCGUAGUCUUCCCUUUCUUUAAAAACAAUAGUAGUUUCUGUUGAAGUUUCAGUGAGGAGCUAUGGUUUCACAAGUAACAGAGCAGAAUGGUUUUGUUGCAGGAAUUUUUUUUUUCCUAGAAUUCCUAAUGCUAUCUCAGUUUCCAGAGAAGCACAGUGCCCUAUGUCAUUUAAAGAUUAAUUGCUCUCUAAUUUGCAAUACACCUUCCUAAUAUUUUAGGAAUAUUUAGGUUAAUAUUUUUUUAAAGAUUUGAAAUUCUCACUGUUAGGGUGCAUUGAGAACCAGCUUAGAAACGUUUUUGUUGCUGUCACUACUUUACUUGUGGUUUAUGGACAAAUCAAAGUUUGCUGUGUGCUUGAGAUCUGUAUGUGUAAUACACUCCCAAAUUGUAACAUUUCAUAAAUUUGUCAAAUUUUAGAGACUCAGACGCUCCCAUCUUUUGUGUGGAUAGUUGUGGUUUUAUUUUUGAGAGUAGAGUUGGUCUGCUGUGCUGACUUCACAUCUGUCAUUCCGAAGGUUUGAUUACAUUCAUUUUUUCCUCCAAAGAUAAAAAAUGCAAGGACAUCCAACUUACAAUUUCAUAUACUGAUAUUUCCAUUCAUGCUCUAAUUCUAAAAAUUAAUGUGGUCUGUAUUUUUAAGUGUUUAAUGUAGACAGAUUAAUAUAUUUUUUUA